GCUUCUGUGAAAAAGCAUGUGAGCAUCUUCUGAGGCAAAAAAUUGACUUAAUGUCUCGGAUAUAAUAGAUCUUCACAGCAUCUCUAGACUUCAAAUGAAGCAGAAAAUGGCAAUUAUCCAUCACCUGCGUUCACUUCUAUUGUUUAUAGUAUGUCUGAUUGACUUUGUUGAUGCAGGAUCAAGCUGCGGCGAGAAGAACAAAACGGUUGGAUAUACAGCAGAAAUUACUACAACAACAACAACGACUCAACCUCCGAAUUAUGCUUACAAUCGCCAGUUAGAUAUUAAACCACCGACCCCAUCUACCACCACCACAACAACAACGACAACAACAACAACGACUACUCCUUUCUACAUCAAUCCCUAUGGGGGUUGUCACAUAUACACCCCUGAAGAAAAACGCCAAAUACUAACAGACUUGGGAUUAUACAAUCCAAUUUUUAUGGCAAUGACACCUGAGGAGGCAGCCCUGAAUUUUGCUCCUGUGUUCAAGAAACUGCGUUAUGGAGACGAACCAUAUCCUGACUACGAAGACUUCCUCAUCAUAAACGGGAGAAUUGAGCGAGUUUGCCGCAGCACUGUAUGUCGAAGUCUUUUGAAAAAACUACAGACUCCUAUAGCACAUGAAGAGUGGCUUAUUGGCGAACAACAAGCACUGUCUGAAUCGCGGAGAUCUAGGAGAGACAAGCAUGAAAACCACCAUCCUCACGAUCAUGACUCUACGGGAAGCAUAUGCACACUAGCUAUAAGUAACGAAGAAUGCAAAGCGGCGGGCGAGGUAGUCGAAGGCGGAUUUCGACUAUGCACACAGUGCCAUCGCAUGUACGAAGUCAGCCCCAACUGCUCUCCAAGAUAUAUUCACACUGCGGAUUGUAAGUCUCAUACGACGUGUAUCCACUCUGGUGGUAAAUCUUAUGGCUUCUCGGGGAAAGAUAGUUUGCCGAUGACGUUGUUACGAAAUAUUGGAACUCCUGAAUGUGAACAGUUUCGACCUGAAAAUUUUCAUCUACCGGUCGCAUGUCAGUGUUUCCUCAGCCAACACGCUCCAUUGCAAGCCACUCAGGGCUGAACUACACAUCACUCGCAUUGAUGUAGUUUUCAUCUGCUUGCUUGUUGUAGAAACGUGUAAAGGUAUAAAAUGUCGUCUCAUA